AUGGCUGACUCAGGCGACUCACGCAAAAAGCCCGACUAUGACAUCGACCCAAAUCAGCUCCGCCCACUCCAUAUAGCCAAACGUGGCGAGGCUGCAAAGCUGAAGCUGGCUGGUCUGAGUGAGUUCGUAUGUCGCCCUAUGAGACUUGGCCUGGGUGUGACAACAGCCCAAAAACGAUUAUCCAGUAGUGACAAGGCUAGUCUUCAUACAAUUGAUCGUACUAUUGAUAGUGUGAGUGACCGAUCUAGCGAAAUCUCUAUGCUGUCACGGCUGUCGAGGAAACUGGUUUCUUCUGCUCCAAACCCAGACCAAUUAUCGACCACAAAUUCCUCGCCGAUCCAGGUUAAGAACGUUGCAGCACCUUUGCUUCCCCGAAAAAUCUCCACUGAUCCUAGUGGGAUUCUCGAGAUGGUCUUUGCGAUAUGCUUAGUUGAUUUCCAUCAUGUCAGAGGUCCUGAGGUCCUGUGGUGGAGAUCCAACUAUCUACCGGAGCUCAAUUCUGAUCACAAGUUGUUUAGACACUUGCCAUUCCAGGCUUUGCCGGAUGGAUCACAUCUCUUCGAAGAAACGUUUUCGAACUUCAACCUAGUGUACGAUUUCCGAUCUCAGAGCUCACUUGAUGAUCGAAAGGACAUUGAUCAUUUUCAAGGCAACCCUAAUCAUUUGGAAACACUCUUUGGCUGUUCUUGUGUCCGCCAGAUUAAAACUACUGACAUGUCUCAAGAAGAGGUCGCCCGGAACAAGGAUAUCACUCGCUCGAUAGUGCAAAAGGCUGUUGUUGUAAUCACCAGAAAGCAGCCUAUUUUCACCAAAGUCAAGGAAAAAUUGUCAAUCAUAACACAGACUUUUUUUGAGCAAAAGGACUUCGAGGAUUUCGCCUUGUUGGACAGUCUUUUUGACAAUCUCAACGGAACUUUCAAACUAGGAGAAGACGAACAACCCUUGAGUAUCAAACGUCCUCAAACUCUGAGCUCACUGGAAGAUUUGCUUCGUGAGCAGCGCUACGAGGAGCAGGAAGAAUAUUUUGUUAAUCUCAAUCUCAGAGGAAUUUUAUUCCAAUUCAAAACAGACAUGCUUGUGAUCUUGAAAGCCUUAUUUUUGGAGAAGAAAGUGAUGGUGUAUUCCAGUAACGAUCUCGAGCUACUCACACAAUUUCAAAAUAAUAUGAUUGCACUCAUACCAAACUUACUCAAAAACCUUGACCUUUGCGGAAGUCCUUUAUGUGACUACAAGGAGAAACAUUCUCCUCUCUCAAAGCCAACAUCAUUGAAAACAAAUGACAGAAUGUCAAUGCUACGGUUUUUUGGUUUGCCCUUACAGAUAUUCAGCACCAAAGGAUCAUUUUGGAAUCCAUAUCUCCCCCUUCAGCAAAUUGAUGAGCUAGCUGCAGACUCUCUCAUGGUUGGAUGCUCAAAUUUAAUUAUUGCAAAUCAGCUGGAAACAUUUAAGAUCGAUGUUUUGGUAAAUUUGGAUGAUUCCACGGUCUCUCAUCCCGUAGGAAAGUCAGAGGACUUGAAACUCUCUAGUAUGGACAAAAAAUUCAUGUCUGUCUUGCUUUCCACAACUCAGCAAGAAGAUGGCUACAUUGGAAGUGAUGAUUAUAUCAGGUAUCAGUUUGAAGAUUAUAUUCGAAGCUUACUAUCCACGACUAAGCUCCAUAACUACACUGAAAAGUUCAGUUGUCUGCCUCCAGGUUUCGAUAUCGUCGAGAAUCCAAACCUAGGAAAUAUCAGAAAUUUUGGGUCGUCUUUUCACGAACUGUGGACUUCUACAAAAAAUUACGAGAUUUGGAAUGCCACUUGCGACGACAUGGUGUUCAAUUUCCACCUGCCAGUACACAUUGCAGCAGAGCUUCCGAACCAAGAUUCGAGCUAUCUAAGCGGAAUUAUUUCUACUUUUAAAAAGACGAGGGUUGUCAGCAAGCUGUCUGAGAAGACCUCGAGUUCUACCUCUCGUGGAAAGGAACCUCAAAAGUUCAUUUCCAAAGUGGCUGAUGAAUCCCAAGACAAUUCCUCAGAUCAGCAAGAAAAUGAAUCAUCUGAACCAAAAUCUUACUGGAAUUGGGGAUUCAAGAAGUAA